UGAGCUCUUCAGCCAUACUCACUACUUAUUUACUUCCUUUCUUCCUCCGCCUCUUCCACAUCUUUCAAUUUAAAUAUCUGUCAAUCUCUAUCACCUUUUUCUUUUAACCCAUACCCAUCUCUUUCUACUUCCCAUCAUGAAUCAUUCUUCAUCCACCUCCAGCACCACCUCUUCUGUCAAUGGCUUCUAUAGCUUCCUCACCCAAGGCCUUGAUGAGCUUGACUCCUCAUUUCCUUCUUAUAACUUCAUGUCAAUCCAUUUCCUUCAAGCUGUUCUCUCAUCUCUCAGGUCUUUCCAUUCCCAGUUAACCAUUUUAGUCCAAAAGCUCCGCUUGCCAGUUGGAGAGAAAUGGCUUGAUGAGUACAUGGAUGAGAGCUCCAGGCUUUGGGAAGCCUGCCAUGUACUCAAAGCUGGCAUGUCAAACAUGGAAAAUUUUUACUCUUCUGGCACCAAUAUAGCUUCCUCCAUCGAUGAUCAUCCGAUUAUAACCCCACAACUUUCUCACCAGGUUAUUCGGUUGAUCAAUGGCUGCCAAAGGGAAGUGGUUGGAUUGGAAGAGGAGAAUAGAAACUUAAUAGAGACAAGAAUUCAACCAUUGUCUCUGAGUUUUGAAUAUCAGAGUGUACCAAUAGAAUCCAGGUUCAAUGCCUUCAAUGGUUUCAGAGGUGUACUCUAUGCAAUGAGGAACAUAACCUCAUUUCUUCUUAUGAUCUUAUUCAAUGGUCUCGUCUAUUUCUGGCCUCAAACAAGUUUUUUCCAAGGAGGGCACGAAGGAAACAUGGUGUUUGGCUCAGCUUUUAUGGUCUCAACAGCAAGAUUGCACAAAAGGGUGGUGGAUGAGAUAACCCAGAUGGAUGGGCAGGCAGCAGGAAUUCUCCUCAACGAAUUCAGAGGAGCACGAAUCGCCAUGGACGAGCUGAGGGAGGGGUUGGAGAGAAUUGUGGGGUAUGGAACAGAAGGCGAUAUCCGUGGCAAAGUUGAGAGAUUGAAGAGUUGUUUUGGGGAGUUGAAGAGUGGGGCUGAGAAUAUAAUCAUGGAGCUUGAUGACUUCUUUGAUGAAAUAGUAGAAGGGAGGAAGAAGGUUUUGGAUAUGUGCACUCACAGAUAGAUAGAGGGAUCUAGAGAGAGUAUAUUUGCAAAGUGCAAACUUUGUGCAGCCAUAUAUAGCAGAGAGAGAAUAGUGUAAGAAAUCAUCAGUUGACAGGAGUCAGUUUUAGGUUUUCAGCUUUUCUAAUCACUAGUUUCAUGUGCUUACAUCUUCUUCUUCCUCUUGGAGCUAGUUUGUUUUGCAGCUCAAAUUAAUUUGGAUUUGAAUCCAUGAGGAGAAACGUGGGAAUCCCAACAAGGAAAGUUCUGAAGGGAAGACAAUGCCAUAUUCUUUCCUUCAGGUGAAAGCAAGAAAUGAUUUGUUAUCUAAAGAGACGAAACAAGAAGAAUAUGUAAUAGCUUCAAUAGAAAGCGAAACUUCCCCACCCAAUAGACAGAUUCUCCAUUAUGUGGACAUGGAAAAACAAAUUCAUUCUUCUUGUUUUACCCGGCAGACCGCAGGUCAGAACUACAAGCUGAAUGUUUAUGUGUGAAACAUGUUUGAGAUUUUAAUGAGAGUUAUGUUAAUAUUGACAUGGAGCGUCGUAACAUUGACAAAAU